AUGUUUCUCCGCCGUGCCGGCCCAGCGCUCGUCAAGCGCACCGUCUUCCGCCCCACCGCCUACCGCAGCUUCGCCGUCUCCGCGCGACAAUGCAAGGCGGAGCACAAGGAAAACCACUCAGGUCCCAGCUUGGUGCCCUUUGACCAGGUCAAGGGCGAGCACGACCUCAUGCCUCCGGGAGGUCAGCCCGGUCAGGUCCCCAGCGAUCUCGAACAGGCCACCGGUCUCGAGCGAUUGGAAAUUCUCGGAAAGAUGCAGGGUGUCGACAUCUUCGACAUGAAGCCCCUCGACGCCAGCCGCAAGGGAACGCUCGAGGACCCCAUCAUCGUCAAAUCCUUCGGCAACGAGCAAUACCUAGGCUGCACCGGCUCGCCCGCCGACUCCCACGUCGUCAUCUGGCUCACCACCUCCCGCGACCGACCGAUCGAGCGCUGCCCCGAGUGCGGCAGCGUCUACAAGAUGGAGUACGUCGGCCCCCAGGACGACGGCCACGGCCACGACGACCACCACGAGCCCCACGACCAGAGCUCGUACUUCAUCCACCCGUACGAGGGCGAGCCGAAGACCAUGGCCGACUUCGUCAAGCCCGAAUACAGAUAA